AGCCCUGACUAUGACAAGAAUAAUUCCAGUCUUAUCAUGUAUUCACUGUUUCAGUUUCACAAUGAACUUCAAGAAGAGAUAGUAAACUUUAAACCUAUACAAGAUUUGAAUGUAAGCGAGGCUCGAAUCUUGAUGUUAGGGCCAGUUGGUGCUGGAAAGUCCAGCUUCUUUAAUACUAUAGAUUCAAUUUACCGCGGGCGAAUCACACAGCGAGCUGGCAGCGGAAGUUCAGAGCACAGUCUCACUACUACAUUUGUUCCAUAUUCGAUUGUAAUAAGUUCUGGGGCUACAUUGAACUUCCGGUUGUGUGAUACACGUGGUCUAGAAGAAACUAUGGGUAUUGAUGUACUAGAGUGUAACUAUCUACUUGAUGGAAACAUACCGUACUACUACGAGUUUAACCCAACGAAACCAAUCACCCCAGAAUCGUCUGGGUUCAAAUCUGACCCUACUGGGAAUGAUCAAGUUCAUUGUUCUGUGUUUGUAGUAGAUUCUACAACAUUAGAGGUGUUGUCAACAAAAAUUGUUGAGAAAAUGAAAGGACUACGUGGACUUAUGAAUCAAAAAGGAAUACCACAACUUAUUCUCAUGACAAAGGUAGACAAGCUCUGUAAUGACGUUCAGAAGGACGUGUCUCAGGUUUUCUACAGUUCAAAAGUGGAACAAGCUGUAGAUAAAGCGUCACAACUUCUAGGUCUUCCACGUGCUAACGUACUUCCGGUGAAAAAUUACGAAAACGAGGCUGUGCUUGACAACAACGUUGAUAUACUUGCUCUGUUAGCUCUGCGUAAAAUGCUUCAUUGUUCUGAAGAUUUCAUGCUGAACAUGAAACACAGGGGGCAAGAUGUCCAAGGGGAAAUGGGAAAAUUGAAACUUGAAAGUGAUUUUUAAUGCUUAUAAUAACAAUUUAAAGAGGAAACAAAGACAACUGUAUGGAGCAUUUAUUAUAUAAAAUUCAUUAUAUUGCGAUGAAUGUAAAUGUAUAUUAUGCUACAUCUUAAUUCAUAUUAAGUAUCUGUAAGUUAUCAAAAUUGAUUAUUUCCAGUUGGGGAUACAUUAUGUAAGCAUGUCCUAGAAGAUAAAUGAGUUGCCAAGAUAGCUAACUGAUCACUACCGAAACCAUAAAAUUACUGAGCAGUCUUAUUUGUAUUGAGUCUUAAACUUAGAGAAUAAUUAGAACAUAUAUGUUCAUUAUUGUUCAUGGAACAAUAUACUUAUAACAUGUUUGAUCGUUAAUGUUAAUGGAAAAUGAUAGCAUAACUGUAAAGUUCUGGGAAAAUGAGAAAAUUUAUUUCACAACUCCGCUAAAUGACCUUUUCACAGAGGGAUGUUUUCCAAAAAGCUAUUAUGAUGUUUAAAAUAAUGAAUAACCAGGAACCUGCCUGUUUAUUGAAUAAUUUCUAUAAUAAUUUUUAUAGUGCAUUUAACAUUCAUCAUCUGAUUUUCAAUUUUAAACCCCUAGACCAAAUACUGAACAAUUUCGUAAGUCUUUUAUUUAUUCUGGAUCUUGUAUUUGGAACGGCAUUUCUGAUUAUAUUAAGUCUGCUACAUCUGUGAACCAUUUUAAAACCUUAUACUUGAGGUAUUAUCGCACAUUGAUGUAUUCAAAUUGAUAAUCUGCUGUAUUUAUUUACAUUUAUGUAUUUUAAAAGUUUGAAUAUGUUUAAUUUAUAUUGUUCCUUGUUGAGGGUCUCAUGGAAAAUUGAUAUGUUUGUUCAAAUGAGUUCUCUAGUUA